GUAGCGCCAUUCGCAGCCGGCUAGCGAGCUCGGGACGGACCGGAGACCGGAGCGAGCGAUGAUGCCGGAGAGGAGAGGGGAGUGGGACGACUACCGGACGCCGCACGGGCUGCUGAUGGCGGUGGUGAUGGGGGCGGUGGUGGCGGGGCCGCUGUUCGUCCUGGACGGCGGCGAGGCGGUGCGCGAGGCCCUGUCGGAGCUCCUCGGGCCCGUGGGGCUCCCGCUGCUCCCCCUCGGCCUCGUCCUCGUCAUCCGCGUCCUCUCCUCCGGCCUCCGGCUCGUCGACGUCUUCGGCUUCGCCGUGGGAGAGUCGCUCGACGCCGCCUACCGCUCCGGGCGGGGGUCGCCGGUGGGGGUCGUGCUCGCCCUGAUGUUCUUCCUGCUCGCGGUGUACUACAGGUCGUGGUCGCCGUUCGGCGGCGACGACGAGUAGCUGCCGUUGGCUGUGGCCGGUGAGAUCGGGCGUACGGUGCGGGUUUGCAUGUGUGAUGCAUGUGCUCGAUCGGCGGCCUGCUGCUUAGUUGUAAACUUGUAAUUGGCCAAAAUAACUCUUGAGCCUCUUUGAUUCGAAGAAUUUUUAGAGGGUU